AUGGCUCCGACCGAAGCUCAAGUGGAGGAAUCUGAUGAUCUCAAGCAACAGGGUAAUACUUCCUUUGGCAAAAAGGAGUUUUCUGCCGCAUAUGCGCUCUAUACACAAGCAAUUCACCUAAAUCCCACCUCGCCAGCUCUCUAUUCAAAUAGAUCCGCCGCACUUUUGUCAAUGAAUAAGUUGCCUCUCGCGUUGAAUGAUGCAAAUCAAGCAAUCAAGCUCGACCCCACUUGGUCGAAGGCCUACCGUCGGAAAGCAAGUGUUCUUGAGGCGCAAAAAGAAUUGGACAAGGCAAAAGGAGUGUUCGAAGAGUCUCUCAAAGUGGUACUAGCAGAUUUGAGAGCCAGUCCCGCACAGAAGGAAAAGGAGGAGGCAGAGAUCAAGAGGUCGAUUGAAGCUAUCGAUAAGAAAAUUGCAGAGCGUCCGAGUUAUCACAAGCAUCUUAUCAAGGAUAAUGAGACUUUCGUUGGGCAGCGUGUAAUGCGUGAGUUUGAGCAGAGGUGUGCCGCGGGUGAGCCGAUGGGUAGUUGGCCGCCGAACGGAACCUGCCUACGUAGGAUAUGGAUCGCCGAAAUGCAAUUCCAAAAUGCUCUUUCAAAUCUCCUUCAAUAUCACCGUCGUCAAAUUCCCGGCGCAGCACCGGGCGUGCUCGGCAUAUACGGUCGUGUUCAGACCCUCGAGGAGCUUACAUCUGCGCUGCUGGAGGACAGCCGGGUCCUUCGUCUAGAUGGGGUUGCUAUUGAAAAACUCCAGCUAUGUUAUCAACUCGAGCAGCACCAGCGAAACGCGGUUGGUCCGAACUUAUCGCCGAAAGAAACUAUCGCGGAAUACAAUAGACGUCUUAGCCAGCCACCACAAAAUGGACCGUUAAUCAACAGCUACGGCGCUAGUUUUUCCAUUGGCUCUCCCGGGCCUCUGGCUGGGUGGGAUCUGGUUCGUCCGGCACUUCAACUUUCGGUCCGUUCGGCCCUCAUGAACGGGUGUCUCGCUGGUAUAGUUGAUCCUGGAAAUGAGGAGAAGGAGUUCAGACGCGCCGUGGAGCUUAUUGAAGAAGCGUGGAAAGUGUGGCCGAAUGUUGAUGGCGCCACCCGUGGUCGUACGCUCGAAGAAACGUUCCUCAGAGGCGUUAAAAUACUUCUUGCGCAAUCCAUCGCACGUUCUUAUGGCGAUAGCCCCACCUCUCGUAAUGCCCAGGUCAAGAAACUCAAGGAGUUGAAAGCAAUCGGCCAAUGGCUCGUUGAUUCAUUCAAUGGUAAGCCCAAACCUCCGAACGCCAACGGAGUCCGUGACGAUGCCGACCCUUGGUGGAAUAUAUAUUAUGCCCAUUAUGUUGCCCCGGUCGCCUGUGGUCACGCCUUUAUAGCCUACUACCACACCCAAAUGGGUAUCGACUGGCUUGAGGGUGAAGAGCAAAAGGCAUCGCUGAGAAAGGGGGCUGAAGAAUACGCCAUAGCAGCAGGCUGGAUGUCGCCAGAUGAUCCGGAUCGUAUCGCGCGUAUAUGGACGGCUAUGUUUUCGUUAUUCAAUAGUGGCGAAGCCUAUUACAAGAGCGAUUUCGCCGCAUGCCUCGAAAUGGGCGAGAAUGCAAAGGAAUGGACUAUGCCAUUUUUCGGUACGAGGUUUGGUAUUGAGGAGGGCCAUAUCGGUCAGAAGGCAGGGAUGGCUGCUGUCGGCAUGGACCAACCGCCAAUCGGUGGGGAAGAUGUCCUCGUGAUCACUAAAAUUAUGAGGGAUGUCUGGGCCACGAGGGUUUCCAAGUAUGGAGAGAAGGAGGAGGCCGUCGGAGGAACGAGGAUUUGGGGGGCCUUGGGGAGAGGAAUCAUGGCCGAUCUGGAGGCGGAUGGGUUGGCGUAG